ACCUGUCUAAAUCUUCAAGAGGUACUAAGAGUUCUAAAUCAAAAUGCCGGUAGCUUCUAAACCAGUACCGGGCAGAGCCCCGCUUCACACGGUAUUGCUGCUGAGGUACCUGCAGCUUCUGCACAGCCGCCCUGUACUGACAAAGGCACUGACUAGUGCUAUUCUGUCUGCACUAGGAAACAUUUUGUCCCAAACCAUACAGAAGUGGCGCAAAGAGCAGAAGCACCCUCAGAAUGUGGACCUUAGAGGACCACUUCGAUUUGCUGUUUAUGGCUUACUCUUCACUGGCCCACUGUCUCACUAUUUCUACUUGUUAUUGGAGCAGCUGGUACCUUCAUCUGCACCCCUAGCUGGGCUACAGAGACUCCUAAUUGAACGAUUAAUAAUUGCACCAGCUUUUCUACUUCUAUUUUUCUUGGUGAUGAAUCUACUGGAGGGUAAAAAUUUUACAAAACUAAAUCAAAAGCUGAAAAGCAGUUAUUGGCAAGCAUUAAAGUUGAACUGGAAAGUCUGGACACCCUUUCAGUUUAUCAAUAUUAAUUACGUACCAGUACAAUUUAGAGUCUUGUUUGCCAACCUGGUGGCUUUCUUCUGGUAUGCAUACCUUUCCUCAACCCGGAACUGACAUUGAGACAAGCAGAUACAGAUUGCAGAAACGCAGUAGCUGAAUGAGAUAAUUGUUUUUUGAUUAACAUAGAAAAUGUCACUGAAUUCCUAUAACUUAUUAAUCUAACACAAUUUAAGUCACCACUAAACAGACUCAUGUUUGCCAUUACUUCAGGUGCUAAUAAGGAGCUUAUUACUGUAAGAGUCAGAAAACUGUAUGCAUUAACUUUAACUUUGUAAUAGUGCUCAAUACGAGCAUUAAGAAAGUUUUAAGAAUAAAUAUAGCCAUGUUUUGAAAAAAA